ACUUUUGUUGCAACUUUUUCUCAAACAAAACGCUUUAACGCCCGCGUCCUCUAAUUGGUGAAGACGAGUCGGCGUUUGAUUUGCUCGCAUUCCUUCCGGUGCUGUCGCGUCCUCGCGGGGAGACGACCUUCACGGUGGACAAAGGAGCCCCCCCCCCCUCAAUGGACCGGUCAUGUGUCCCCCAAUCAAGCAGCAUUCAUCACGCCGGCUGAAGUGGAUCUCCACGUUUCCCGGCCGCAGGAAUGAAGGUCACGGGACCUGCGUGCGUCACGGGGCCCGUGGACCAAUCAGGAGCCGGCGGCCUGGUCCAAGGGGUUUAAAGAGGGGACGGACCUCAGGUCAGAUACAGCAAAGGUGGAGCGACUCAAGAUGAGACCUACUCUUCAUCUCGCUGCUUCAAAGCUCACCCUCCUCUUCCUCGCCGUCCUCUGCCUCCUCCCCCCCAACGCCACGGCCUUCCCGCGCUCGCCCGCCGCCCUGCUGCACCUGCAGGUGGCGCUGGAGGACGAUUGGCUCGUCCGGCCCGGCGGGGGGGCCGAGUGGCGUCUGGACCCCCUGCUGGCCCUCCUCAGCCCUGGGGAAGAAGAGGAAGAGGAGGAGGAGGAGGCCACGCUGAGGGCCCGCAGAGGAGACCUGGUGGGCCGGCCGCUGUCCCCCUUCCCCGUGGGCCUCUCCCUGGGGGGCGUGAGCUAUCAGGAGGGGGGCGAGGACGGGGGCAAGAGGAACGAGGCUCUGACCUCCAUCGCCGGAGGCCUCCAGGCCGUCGGCCGGGAGAAAGGAGGCAUCGCCUUCCGCUUCGGGAGGAAAAGAUGGACCAACAGGGGGUGGACGGGUUAAGGGACCCAUGAGGGGGGGUCUUUUAAUAAGGAGGGGGGGGGAUGAGGUCAAGGGGCUUCUUUUCUAUUCACCAGCGUUCUGCGGCAACGCGGCAAAGUCUUCAGCUGAUUAAUGGCAACCAGAUGUUGCUGGAAAAGUUGCCCAGUGGAUCAUUAAUCUGAUUAAUUAAAGGAAACGUCCACCACACGUCCUUUAGAUCCAAAUUCAAAAGUACACUUCAUUGAACUCUGCAACGUCAAAUAUUUCUUCUCCUUCUGUGUUUGCCUCAAAGAAUCAUCAACAAAGUUCAUGUCAAAGAUUCUCUGUGGAAUCCAAAGUCCAACGUCUGGAAGAAGACGAAGAUAAAUGUAGAUAUUUUGGAGAAAUGUGUGUUACUUUGUUUAAAAUGAAUAAAGAAUUGUCCUUGAGACUUAGUGGUCCAAUGUUACCAAGUACAACCAAAUACAAUAUAUUAUUG